UACAUUUUGUUCAUUUGUUGCACUGGGCAUCAGGGCACCAUUGCCAUGCCUCCUCCUUUGGAGAUCUUGCUGCUAGUGCUCAGUUUGUAUGUCCAGAUGACCUCAGGUGAUCAGUGCUCAAGUGGUAGCAACUUCUUCACAGAGAUCCCAGAGAACAGCCCAAGUGGAACAUUUGUGGCCAACCUCAGCAUGUUUGGAGACCCUGUGACUAGCACAGUGAGGCUCUGUUUGAGUGGUACAGAUGCUGACUGGUUCUAUUUGGACGGAAAAAAUAUUUGGCUCAAUGUUUCCUCUGGAAAAACACUGGACAGGGAGGCAUUGAAUUCCUCUGUCCUCUUGGUAACUUUGACCUGUAAGGAAGAAGGAUUUCCAGCGGUUCAAUAUAGAAUUUUUGUCCAAAUUCUUAACCAGAAUGACAAUAUGCCAACUUUCUUGGAGGAGUCAGUAGCUGCUCAGAACAUCAGUGAACUAACUGAGGUUGACUCGGUUGUAUUCACAGCUCAGGCCAUGGACUUAGAUGGUGAUAUCAUCAUGUAUGUAAUAGACCAGACCACAGGUGACUUCAAAUAUUUCCAUAUGGAUCUGCCAAGCAAUGGGAAGGUACUUCUAUCUCAGCCUCUAGACUAUGAAAGUAAACAGGAGCUGGAGGUUGUUAUCCAUGCCGUGGAAAUAACUACCCGAGAGCGCCACAGUACCUCUGCAAGGAUACGAAUAACUGUGCUGGAUGGAGAUGACCAAUACCCAUACUUCCUGCCAUGCAUCUAUAUGCCACAUGAUGGUCUCAGUGUCUGUGUAAGCCCAAUUUACCGGGCAAAUAUUACAGUGGGGCAGGAGCAGACAGGGACAAUCGUGUUUUCCCCUGGUCCCAUCAUAGCAGAGGAUGGUGACAAAGGAAUAUUGGCACCAAUAUCCUACUCCUUUCUGUCAGGCUCUGACAAUGAAAUGUUCCAAAUAGACAAUGUUACAGGCUCCAUCUCCCUAACUCACGCUGUGGAGAUCAGCAGUAGUUCAUCUAUCCUUCUUCUGAAAGUGAUGGCCUGUCAAGUUGGCGAUCCCAGGAAAUAUGCUAUAGCUGAGGUGGAGAUAAGGGUUUUGACAACCAACCAUCAUGCACCACUCUUUGGCUCUACUGAGUAUCAGGCCUUUGUGCAGGAGGAUUCUAGUCCGGCAGCCCUUGUGAGAACAUACAAUGGCAAAUUGCUCUCACUCAUGCCUUCUGAUGGAGACUUUUAUAAUGGCACCAACCCCCACAUUCGACUUAGUCUGAGCUCCCUGUCUAACCACAGCCAGCUUUUCCAGAUCACACAGAGUGGCCUAUUGAUUGCUAGAACAAAUCAACUACAGGCAACAAAGAGCUAUUUCCUGCAGGUUAUUGCAAGAGAUGAAGAAUCAGGAGAAGCUGCAAAUUGUUCAGUGGUUGUAAAUGUCUUGGCUUAUGGUGAACCAGCUCCUUUGGAUCCAUCAGAACCACGAUUUAUGUUCACUGUGCCAGACCUCCCCAUUAUUGCAGGUGGACUGGGUGCUCUUGUGAUUUUAUUUGCAGUCCUGCUGUUUUUUUUGAUUUGGGCUCUGAGGGGUCACCAGCAGCAACAACAACAGAGGAGCCGUACCUCAUUAGUGACUGAGAAGCACCCAAGUGUGAGCUUGCAGUGGUACCACACGGCAGAAGAACAAGGAUACCAAAAUGCAGCAUACACUGAGAGUCUAGGAGAGGAGAAUAGCCAAGAGAGAGGCCAUGUACAUCCACCUAGUGGACAAACCACUAACAAGGAGUCAAGCACAGCAGAUGGUCACCAGGGGAAGCAGCAGCAGAAGAAGGCACCAGCAGUGGCUGUGAUUUCCCCUGGAAAUCAGUGUGUAGGAAGAUCCCCAUUCAAAAAUGGCAAGGAAAAGGAAGAUGAUUCUUUGAAUGCCAUUCCACAUACACACCUUGCUGCAGAAAAAGAUCUACAUUCAGCAAAAGUGAGGAUUACUCAAGCGCUUGUUACCAAUGAACAGGAGGACAACCAACCACUUAAGUCAGUGCCAGCAGAAAGUUAUGUUUUCCACCCUCCAUGUGCGCAGCCCUCUGAUGCCAAUAAGCAACCUGCAGAAAAACAAGAUGGCACAGUGCUAUGGCCUGAUCCCCCAGUUCUAUCCAGGUUGCCUGUAGUUGUGGAAGUGAAUGAAGAGGUAGUGGAGCCUGAGGGAGAUCAGACAGAAUACAACCCUCAAAUGGGAAGUGAGAUCAUUACACCAGAUUCACUUAUGCAGCUACUAGAGGACUCAAUUGAAUGUUAAUUCCUUCAUGCCAAGGUGCACUCUGCAAGACAGUUAAAAUAUCUUCCACUAAAUUAAAAAUUGUAAUCUUGGCUUGAAAAUAUUAUAAUUGGACUAAAUUCCAAUGAAAUACUUAUUAACUGACCAUUCAAGUCUAACACGUGAACAUUUCAAAUAAAGCUCAUACAGGAAAUGGACAAUGGACUCAAGUAGUGAGCAAAAUAUUCCAAAAUCACUCCAAAAAUGAUAAUCUGUAAAUUCUUGUAAAUUCAUUAGGAUAAGGUAGAGGGACUGAGUUGCCACUACAUGAUAUUAUACACGAUGUCUGUUUCCAUUUGAUUGUUAAUAAAAAGGUUCUUGAUGACAGUUUCUAUGA